AUGAAAUACUCCAAACUGAAGAAAAAGAAUGCAGAUGUGGACCAAAGAAAAAAACGUUCAGAUGCCACACCAGCUAGUACAAUUGAUGCAAGUCAUGAUCACUAUGAAAGGCCUGAUAUGUCAACCAUAUUACCAAACCGCAAGAGUAUUGCCCAGGGUCAACCUAAACAUGUUCUUCAACGGUCCGUUGAAGCCACUUUCAAGUCAUUCACAAACGAUAGCCCAUCACUUAAAAUAUCAGAAAGCACCUUUAAUAAAUUACGCCCUAAACACAUCCUACUGCAGUCUAUAUCCAAAUUUUAUCAAUGUCUAUGUGAACCAUGCACCAAUAUUGACCUGAAAUUAAAAGUACUCAACCAUGAAGUCUACCAAUGCCAAUCAACCUCCUGCUCCAUAAGAGACAGAUACCAUGCCACAGAUUUGACUCUAUGCCCCAAAGAUCAAAAUCCUCAUGCAAAACUGGAGUGUAUUGAUCGGAAAUGUGAAAUUUGUGACGUAGAUUUGUUAGAUCAUUAUUUGCAACCACUAUUGAAUGUGAGUGGAGAUAAAGAUGUAUCCUGGCAGUAUUGGGGACAGACAACGUAUGGUAACGAAGGUAAAAAGAGAGUAGCUCUUCUACGAUCAUCAGGGACAGUAAAACAACUGGUCGACCAAUUAAAAGAAGAAUUGAUUUCAUUGUCGACGCAUUUAUUCAUAGCCAGGUGGCAACAGAAUGUAUUUUACACCAUAACAAAAAACCCACCAACCAACAGUAUUGUUAUGGUCAUGGACUUUGCCGAAAACUAUCUUUGUGUAAUGCAAAACGAGGUCCAAAGUGCACAUUGGUAUCAGAUGCAGGUAACACUUCAUCCUAUGUUGUGCUUUUACCGAUGUGACACUUGUGAGAAAACUGUGCGUGAAGCGAUUAAUAUCAUAUCAGAUGACAUGCAGCAUGAUGCCCAUGCUGUGCGAUGUUUUGUUGAAACUGCAGUAUGUCAUCUAAUCAAUGUGAGAGGAUUAAAUCCUCAACGACUCAUCAAAUUUUCUGAUGGUUGUUCCAGCCAAUACAAAUCAAAAACACCUUUUGUCGAUCUUUCGUUUGCUGCUGAAGAUUUAGAAAUUCCAAUUGUAGAGCAUCACUAUUUCGGAUCUAGACAUGGAAAGAAUCAGUGCGAUGGUGAGGGAGGUGUAGUAAAGAACGCAGCCACAAGAGCAGUUAAUUCUGAAGGUAUUGUUAUAGCUAACUGUGAUGACUUCUUCCAGUAUUGUAUCCAGCAUUUGACAAAGGCAUCUACAAAUGAAGAUGGAAGUUGCAAUCAUUCAAGACGUUUUUUUUACCUCGUCAGGAAAGAUCAAAUAAGUCAUGAUGUUAAACCGGAGAGGUCUGGUGUUACUACCUUACAGGGAACACGGCUACUGCAUUCAGUUGUCUGCAUCAAGCCUUUUCAUUUGAAGACACGCCGUCUCUCCUGCUUUUGUGAGAGCUGUGAAAAUUAUGGUUCAGAAUGUUUGAAUUCCUGCUAUGUCACUAAAUGGAGCAACACUAUUUUAAAAGUUAAGAAAGUACUUUUAUCAUGUAAUUCAAUUAUUUAUUUUGAUGAUAUAUUUGAUAAGUUUAAACUAGUGAUUAAUAUUAAUUUCUUAACAUUGAUCAGAAGUUCAAUGAUAUUUUAA